AGACUCCAAAGUGACGUCUCCGUGAGGCUGGCGGAUGUGGGGAAGGAGGAGGAGCAGGAGGAGGCCCCUCCACCCUGCAGGACCCUCCCACCUCUCUGCUCCAUCCCCAGGAGACUGGUCAUCUCCCCGAGCCUCGGAGGAACACCGGUCACCCCCCGGCUGACUGAGAGCCUGAGGAGGAUUCUGUUUGGUGGAACGUUUCACGUCUUCAACUACGAGUGGAGGAAAUCUUUCUUUCAGUUCAGAGAGCUGAACUCAGAGUUAGCCUACGCUCUGGAGACUGACAGGGGCGGGGCCCGGGCCAUUCAGAUGGUCGUCCAGGCUCGUAUCAUUAAACACCUGCUAUUCAGCCGUAAUAGCAGCUCAGAUGGACACAUGCUGCACAGUCUGACUGAGAUAGGACCAAGGGAUCAGGAGAGGGCGUUGGCAGCAGCAUUGUCCGACAGCCUCUGGUUGGCCGGCCAGGAGGUCAGUGCCACAGUUACCUUGGUAACCGAAGACUACUGCAUCACUCCUCACCUGGACUACAAACUGGACAACUUCACAGAGAGGUUGCAGCUGUUCACAUUUAACGGGAAAGACGACGUCAGGAAGUUCAUCCUGGAGCACAUACAAUGUUUUAAGGAGGAGGGGAGUCACGGAGUCAUCCUGUUCCUGUACAGCCUCAUCUGCUCCCGCACAGUCGACAGGGUGAAGGAGGAUCUGGACUCUACCACCUCCCACCUGCUUUACCUCAGUCUGGGCAACUUCGUCUGUCGUCAGGCUUUGCUGAACCUGCUACUGACUGGCAGGGCUAGUCCUCAUGUCUUCAAUGGGAUGCUGUACUUUGGGGAGGACGGUCUGCCUCUGGAGCCCCCCUUGCAGGGCAUCCUGAGCCGCAGUGAUGUGGGAUAUCUGCACUGGAGCCGAGAGCAGGUGGAGAGAGACAGACUGCCUCAGGUGGGCAGCAUGCUGAAGACGCCCCGGUUUCCAGUCUGGGUCUGCUGCAUAAACAGCAGCUACUCGGUUCUGUUCAGUCUGAACCGCUCGCUGCUGUCCGACUGGAAGACGGAGCAUCUGUUCCACCUGUACUACUACAACGGCCAGAACUCACAGAAAACCGCAGCCAGGCUCACCGUCGGUGAGGACCACAGUCAUACUGGGUCAGAUACCCACUCCCACCACUGGGAGGCGUCAUCCAGAGACUCAGACGGAGAUCCAGAGAAAAGGUUUCCUUCACUGGAAAUGACCAUCAGGACCAAGUGGGACGGAGCGGUUAUCGACUGGGACCAAACUUUACCUUUCUACUGAACAUCUGAGAGAAAGGUUUCACCAGCCGAUGGUCGAAGGGUGGAUCCAGACCUGAUCUGCGUUAAGACGCCCCUCUCUGUUUUUAUGAUCGAUAAUCAAUGAGUAGAAAAGCUGUACAGCCUUCUGUGAGCAGCAUCACAGCUUCAACCACUCAGCGUUGGUGGGUGGUCACCAGACCCCCAAUGGGUCCAAGACUUUAACCUGAUCCAAAACGGAUCUGUGGAAAAUAUACCAGGACCUACUCUGCAUAAACUGAGUGGACCACAGAGACCUUUACUUUCAAUGCCGGUUCCGGUCCACGACAGUGUUUUAGGCUGUUUUAAGUUUUCCACGAGUUAAAGAGCUGUGAUGACUAGAACUAUAAAGAGUCUGGUCUAGACCUGCUCUACAUGAAAA